UUCUCGGGCUAGCAGAUCGGGGCUGGCUGCUGCUGGGUGAAUGCCUGGAAUCCCUGCCUCGCCGCCCUCCCCUCCCCUCGCUGCUGUGUGCAAGAAGCUCCUUCCGGGUUAGCAAUAAUUGCCCCCAUCAUAAUCAUCACCACCAUCAUAACACAACACGGGAGCAGCCAGCCAGCCAGACACCCUGCGGGAGGAGGCGGAGGAGGAGGAGCAGUGGCGGCGGCGGCGGCUCCCCGCUGGCAGCUGGAGGAUGGGCGCAAGGAGUCAAGCCCAGCCAAGGGGUGGCACCACCAGCUCGAGCAAGCCAGCAGGCUGCUGUGCCACCUUUUGAUUCUGCUCGCACCGUCGGGGAAGCGAGCAGGCAGGGAGGACGCUUCUUCUCGCCCGCGGGAUCCAACCCCUCGAGCCUAGCCGCCGCCGCCGCCCUGUGAGUGAACCGGGAGCCCAGCUGCGGCGGGCAUGGAGAGGAAGCUGAACCCCGGCAGCCGGGCAGCGGGCGAUGGGCACUGCGCUCUGGGCGGCGGCAGCAGCUACACCGGAGGCAGCCAGCCCGCUGCUGCUGCUGCUGCUGCUGCUGCUGCUGCUUCGACGGCUGCCGAGCCCGACGAGCUCAUCCGGAGAGCCCUGGACUUCAAGAGCCAUGGGGCGCAGUGCUACAAGGAGAAGAAAUUCCGGGAAGCCAUCGGCAAGUACCACCGGGCGCUGCUGGAGCUGAAGGGGCUGCUGCUGGCCCAGGAGGAAGAGCAGCACGACGAGGAUGCCAGCUCGGCAUCCUCCUCCGCCAGCAGCGCCCGCUUGUUGGGCAAACUCACCGAGGCGCAGAGGCAGCUGCUGGAGAGCAUCGAAAUUGACUGUUACAACAGCCUGGCAGCCUGCCUGCUUCAAGCUGAGCUGGUGAAUUAUGAGCGAGUCAAGGAAUAUUGCCUGAAAGUACUGAAGAAAGAAGGAGAGAACUUCAAGGCACUCUAUCGGUCAGGUGUAGCAUUCUACCACCUGGGAGAUUACAACAAGGCACUUUACUACUUGAAAGAAGCAAGGUCCCGACAGCCAGCAGAUACCAAUGUGGUACGGUACAUCCAGCUGACAGAGAUGAAGCUUAGCAGAUGUUCCCAGAGGGAAAAAGAAGCCUUGUGAGAAGAAACCCAGUAUGGUUGGCCUGCCUGAGUGGACCGGACCUUCCCAAGUAACCACAGGGUGGAUUUUUCUUCACCAUUGGCGCCACCUCAAUUGACAGUUUCCCUGUCCACUCGUCACAACUUUUGAUCUGACUGCAAGCAUUUUGGGAGAUUGUUUUUAAAGAAGAGGUUCAAACUCUGGUGUUGGCCAUUUGCUGGCAUGGUGAUGCAGUGGUUCAGUGCCAGACUUCUUAGUACAAUUGCUACAGUCAGCCAUGUUCUAGGAGUCGGACUUGGCCCUGACAGUUUGAAGGGAGAAAUGGAUGUACUUUGCUUCCUAUUUGUUGGUUGGUAUCACAGCUGGAACAAACAGGAGGCUCACACCUUUUUUCUGGAAUGCCUACACAACAACAAAGGAGGAGAGCCUUCAGCCAGCUCAUGAGAGACAGACAGAAAGCCGGUUGGUAGUUCCUGUAGCAAAUUUUCAGGCUCCAGAGAGAUGCCACCUGCUCAAGAUGCCAUGCCAAUGAGACUCACUUGCAAUACAUUCUGUUUAAAGCACAGACAAAGCAUCCUUUACACAACACGCUCUAAAGACGGGGAAGGGCUUUGGGGUCACUGAAGAGAUAAUGUGAAAAACACUAUAUAGUCUGGGGAAUAAAACUGUGGUAUCAUUUAACUAAUAUCAAAUACAUGUUGCUUAACAGGCUGGACUCCCACAAAUUAUUUUUAGAAGGCAUGUUUGGGGCCUAAAGAGGCAGCAUGAUCUUGUAAAUAGUCUCAGCUCAGGUAGUGGAAAUAGGAACACUGAAUUAUGGUUUUGCCACCAUCUUGCUGUGUGCCCAUGGUCAUUUUUACCAUGACCUUACCCUUUCCGUGCCUGUUUCUCCAUCUGUACAGUGAGGACAAUAAUGCCUCCCUAACUCACAUGGGGUGUUGUGAGGAUUUGUAAGUUGGUGUUUGUACAGUGUUAAAUAUUAUUAUUAUUGGUACACUGGACUGAGUUUGCAAGCCUUCCAUCUUGUUUUGGUGCCUCUCUGGAUCUUUUUUCUUUCAUUCAUUCUUGGAACAUUAAUGGCAGUCAAAGGUACACAGUGAGCAAGCUGUAAUCCCAAACCAAGUUAAUCAUGCUGUAAUUCACACAAGGCAGAGCAGACAAUGUGAUAUCUUGGCAAAGAGGCCUACAAGUAAGGUUCCACAGAAUGUGCUUUAUUCUCUAAGCACACGGCACAAAAGACAAAAGGGGCUGAGUCAGGGUAUGGUAGUACUUUUCUGAGCAAACUGAACCAUAGGACAAAACAAACAAUAAGCAAACUCCGUGGAAUAAUGCCCCUACAGGUCAUUCACAUUCUGACAGACAGCAACUCUCCAAAUCUUCCCUAUCCCUACAGUGACCUAUAGCAGAAGUUCUAGGCAUGAUUCAGUCAUAUGAAUCAUGAUUCAGCUGGUAACCUCCAGGCUUGACUACUGUAAUGCGCUCUACAUGGGGCUGCCUUUGUACAUAGUUCGGAAACUUCAGUUCGUUCAAAAUACGGCAGUAAGGCUGGUCUCUGGGGCAACCCAGAGAGACCAUAUUAUGCCUGUUUUGAAACAGCUGCACUGGCUGCCAAUAUGUUUCCGAGCAAAAUACAAAGUGCUGGUUAUUACCUUUAAAGCCCUGAACGGCUUAGGUGCAGGUUACCUUAGAGAGCGCCUUCUUCGGUCUGAUCCCCACCGCACGCUAAGAUCAUCUGAGGAGGUCCGGCUCCAUUUGCCACCAGUUUGUCUGGUGGCGACCCAGAGGUGGGCCUUCUCUGUAGCCGCUCCUGGACUGUGGAAUGCACUCCCUGCAGACAUCCAUAAUUUGAAUUCUUUAUUGAAAUUUAGGAGAGCCCUAAAGACCUACCUGUUCGGCCUGGCCUUCCAGUGCUCUUAAAUUGUUUUAAAGGGUCUUUGAUGUUUGUGAACCGCCCUGAGCUAUUUUGUAAGGGCGGUCUAAAAAUCGAACAAAUAAAUAAUAAAUAAAUAAAUAUGUAAGUGCUCUUAAGUCCCAUUGAUUCCAAUGGGAAAGCUAAACACAAUCCUACAGAAAUCAAGGUGCGUACCUUUGGCUGGAUUGUGCCUUUGGUUCUGUGGCCUGAAGCUCUCAGGUUCUUUUCAAGUACAAACACAGAGUUGCCUCAUUGGUAGAUCUAGUUCUGUAUAGCCUGCUCCAGAGGUGCAGCAUUAGACCCAGGAUCUAAUGAGCUUAUGGAAGGUCCCAUGCAAAAUUGCACCACAGGCCUGGGCAGGAGUGCAUUUGGGAGAGUGGGUUGGGGAAACCUACACAAGCUCCAGUGGAUUCACACAGUUUCUUGACCAUUCACAAACUAACUGGGACACAACAUGUGUCCCUUGCUCCACAGUUCAAACACAAAACCAACUUGGCCAUAUAGUACAUUCAUAAGGAGAAUGAAUUAAAACCACAACACAUGCUCCUUGCUUCACUGUUCUCAUGCAGACCUUCUGAAUCACAAACCAACUUAAGCAUAGUGCAUUUGUAAAAUAAAAUAAAAUAUUUUGUUUAUUCUGA